UCAUUUACAUCAUCAAGAUGGUGGCGCUGCUGUUUUUAUCAGUGGUCCUUCCUUGUAUGAAUUCAAAACAAAUAUCAGCUGGCCAUUGAACCUUUCCUCGCAUAUUGGGAUCGGGCGACAGUAUUCCUUCAAACAAUGAGUUUUUUAUUUGGUAGUCGCUCAUCAAAAACAUUCAAACCAAAGAAGAAUAUCCCGGAGGGAACACGGCAAUAUGAUCUGAUGAAACAUGCCGCUGCAACACUGGGCUCAGGAAAUCUUAGAUUAGCCGUCGUUUUGCCAGAAGGAGAAGAUUUGAAUGAAUGGGUAGCUGUUAACACUGUAGAUUUCUUCAAUCAAAUCAACAUGUUGUAUGGGACCAUUACUGAAUUUUGUACGGAAGAAAGCUGCGUGAUCAUGUCUGCUGGUCCUAAAUAUGAAUAUCACUGGGCAGAUGGUCUAACCGUAAAGAAACCCAUCAAAUGUUCAGCUCCAAAAUACAUCGAUUAUCUCAUGACGUGGGUGCAAGACCAGUUGGAUGAUGAAGCUUUGUUUCCAUCCAAAAUUGGUGUUCCAUUUCCUAAGAAUUUUUUAAUUAUCGCAAAAACCAUUUUAAAGCGGCUGUUCCGAGUUUAUGCACACAUUUAUCACCAACACUUUACAGAAGUUGUAAAUCUAGGUGAAGAGGCACAUCUCAACACAUCAUUUAAGCAUUUCAUCUUCUUCGUUCAGGAAUUUAGUCUCAUUGAUCGAAGAGAGUUAGCACCUCUGCAGGAACUGAUAGAAAAAUUAACCGCCAAGGAGAACCCGCGAUGAACGAAGAGAAGAAACCCUCAAGAAAUGUGCACCUUAAACUCAGCAGCCAUGAUCGUCGGUUGAAUGCUGAACAUUGUAUGUGCUUUUAUUACCUCUCAUAUUAUGUGAUAUACGUUUUGUAUCUACAUGUAUGAUGUUGUAGGUCUGUGAUAAUUUAUGUUGAUCGUUGAGAGCAAUGUGUCUCACAUGGUCCCAUUUUAAGUUUUACUCUGUAACAUCUCCAAGCUUUGAUUACAAGGCUCAGGAGUCUUAAAUUUUUUACCCUGUCUUUUUCAAUCCUAGCUAUCUAUUUUAGUAACUAUACAAUUAAUUUCUUUGAACCAAAGAUUAACAUCUUUUUAGUACCAUCACGUUUGUGGAAUACAUUCUCAUAUAUGUAUUAAUUUUGUAAAUACUGAAAACCACUCACCUGUAGAUUCUUUCAAACUGUGAAGCAUAACUUUUUCAAGGGUGUUUUAAUUCGUGAACAAACCAGAACAUGCAAAACUCAACCAAUAUUAAAGAUCCGCAGUUGAAAUUUUGUUUGUUAAGUAUAUUGCAUUUUAUUUUAAGAAGAAAUCUUGCAGCAGUCAAACCAAAUGAAGUUGCAAAUACGCUUGAAGUUCUUUUCAAGGGAUGAAAUUCAUGUGUGUACUAUUUUUGGCGAUACCAGUUUGGAAUCCAGUUGAACUGUCAUAUUCUAAACAGUAUACGUGCCUCUCACCCACAUUAGAUAAAUGUCAGUCCUUGUAUUAUAUUGAAUGUACAUCCUUUAGAAAGAAACAUAUUUUGACCAAAAUACAAAUAUCAUUAGCAGGCUGAAUAAUAAUAUUUUCUGUAAGUUUCUCUAAUUUGUUCAAGUAGCAAUCGAAUCCACAAGAAAAUAAUUGGCUCAGGUGCAUUUUUAAAAUUGUUAUUAGUUAUGUGAGAAUGACAACCUCUUUCAACCUCUCUUUUCUACCUAAGAAUUGAGAAUAAAUUGUCAAUUAAUGUUAAAUACAUAUCCAUUAUUAAGUUAACCAUUUGAAGUUUUUCAAAAACUGUAAAAAGUACGAAGAACAAAUGCUUGUAAUUUUCCAGGGAUCUGUACAACAUUUUUGCCAGGCAUUCUUCUCUCAAUGAAUGAUAAGCUUAUUCUUCACAAAAAAAUUCUGGUGAAAAGUAGUUGUUUCACUACAUCUUUGUGGGUGAACUUCUGUGACUUUCCCCCGAAAAAAACAUUCAGGAGUAUUGUGAGGGUACUUCUAGAAGUGACUGUGACAAAAGUGAUCCUGUGUUCGGAUCGGGCAAAACAGUGUGCUCUUAUCGCAGUUUUUUUUCUUAAAAAUUCAAAAGUAUGUGAGGGAAAACCUCUGGUAUCUCAAUAAAAAACUUCAUAGUUCGUCUGAUAAUUCAGAUUUUGUUGAAAGUAAGAGCAUCUCGCGGCAUGAAGCUGAUGCAAGAAUAGUCGUCAAAGUUUUACUGGUUUUUUUUUUACUUACUUUGAUAUAUAUUUACCUGCCUAUUUUAGAUAAAUGUAACGGCAUAAAAAUGCUGUUUUUGUGUUCAGGAGCAUUUCAAGAUCUGAUGUGGACAAAGAAGGAUGUCUGUAUGAGAAACCUAGAUACUUAUCAGCAGAAAAUCUUUUCAGUUUCUCACUGAUAGUCCCAGUGAUGACCCCUGUAAAUAUUCACCGAAAAAAACCCUCAUCAGCAAACUUUUCUGAUUCCCAAACUGAAAGGAGUUAAAAAGGAUUUGACUCGGCAUAAUGAUGUACAAGGGGUGUCCACAGGGGCACUGCACAGGGCUUGGGAGUUGAACCAAAAUUGAAUCAGUAAGAACGAAAACACACCAACUCGAAAA